UUUAUAGCGAGACCCCCUCGUUUUUUUUUCGGAGUCCAAACGCGCUUUGUCGGGUCCCACAGACAAAAAUCCUUGAGGUACAGAAACCCAGCAACCGUUGCAGUCAAACUCAAAGAAGAGAGAUAAAGAGAAACGAGAGAAAAAGGAAAGAUGGUGAAAGAGUUUCACGGCGAAGAAGCAUCCCAGACACCGCCAAUUCUGACAAUAGAUAGGAAAAUGAGAUUGGAAAAACGGUUAUAAGUGUUGGGUUCCUUUUGUUUUCUUUUUCUUUUCUGGUUUUGGAUUUUACUCAUCGAUUAGCAUUAUUGAUGAAAGAAUAAUAUAUAUAAAUAUAUAUGCAUAUACUUCUCCUGCUGCCUGCUGGUUUCAUUUUCAAUUUAAGUGGUGCAUGUAGGGUUCUUUGGCUGCUAUUGUCUUAGUGUUUGUUAAUGAACCUCAUCGUCAUCGUUGCCCACCAUCCAAGCCGCUUGUCUUUUGGGGUGCUUUUGUUGUUGGAGUUAAUAGUAGUAAUAAUGUCACAGAAGAGGCCCCAGGAAGAUGGUAAGGCCCGACCCUCAGGAGGGCAUAGUCCUGAUCAGGAUAAACGGAGAAGGGUUCCAACCUUGAGAAAUGUGGUUCAAGAGGUGAUGAAAUUGCAAUCAGUCCAGCAUUUGCUUGAGCCAGUUUUGGAGCCAUUGAUUCGUAGGGUGGUCAAAGAGGAAGUUGAAGUGGCUCUUAGAAAGCAUUUUAACAAUAUGAAAAGGGAUGGUGGAAAGGAGGUAAAUUCUACCGAAUCAAGAAGCUUACAACUGCAAUUCUUAAAUAAUCUCUCUCUUCCUGUGUUCACUGGAGCUCGAAUCGAGGCAGAAGAGUGUUCUGCCAUUAAGGUGGCUAUGGUUGAUGCUCUUACCGGACAAAUAGUUUCCUCCGGCCCAGAGGCUUCUGCCAAAGUAGAAGUUGUAGUCCUCGAGGGAGAUUUUGAUGGUGAUGAGGCGGACAAUUGGACACUUGAAGAGUUUAAGAAUAACAUUGUAAGAGAGAGAGAAGGAAAGAAACCUCUUCUUACCGGAGAUGUAUGUCUAACUCUUAUCGAGGGCAUCGGAUUAGCGGGUGAGAUUUCAUUUACAGAUAAUUCAAGCUGGACAAGAAGCCGUCGUUUCAGACUUGGUGCAAGAGUUGUGGAUGGUUCCGAUGGAACUAGGGUAAGAGAAGCAAAGACAGAAUCCUUCAUUGUCAGGGAUCAUCGUGGUGAAUUAUACAAGAAGCACCAUCCUCCAUCUCUUUCUGAUGAAGUGUGGAGAUUAGAGAAAAUUGGCAAAGAUGGGGCUUUCCAUAAGCGCUUGAGUCGGGAAAAUAUCAACACUGUAAAGGAUUUCUUGACCAUGCUCUUUAUAGAUCCUCCAAGGCUGCGACAUAUCCUCGGCACAGGUAUGUCUGCUAAGAUGUGGGAAGUCACCGUGGAGCAUGCUCGAACAUGUGUGCUUGAUAAGAGGAUACACUUGUACUGCCCUCCUGGUUCUCAACAGAAAUUUGGUGUGGUCUUCAACAUUGUGGGACGAGUGACAGGACUACUUUCAGAAUGCCACUAUGUUACAAUUGAUAAGCUGUCAGAAACUGAGAAGAUUGAAGCUCAAAGCUUGGUAAUUUCUGCAUUCCAACACUGGGAAGAAGUUACCUCUUUUGAUGAUGAAGCCUCUCUCAUAGGUGCUUCUUCAGCUAAUUAUUCUUGCACAAGCUCAGCCAAGACACAGAUUUCCAAUGGCAGCAAGUUUUCGGCCUCUCAAAAGACGAGUGGAUUUGAUUUUGCUCAACCAUGUGCUUCUUCUCCUGAUAUCAUUUCAACCAUCUAUUCAGUUGGGGAUAUGAGUGGCUUAGAUGAUUAUGCCCUGCCUGGUAUUGAAAGCAUGGGUCUAAGAUACGACCAAACUUUGAGUUAUCCUGGCCAACUCACUGAUUCCCUGAUCUGUAACACAGAUAUUACUCAGACAUUCUGUGAUGAAGACCAUCUUCAAUUUUUUGAUAAUGAUCUUCAAUCACAGAGCCUUGGUUUGGAAUCACAAGCUGAUCUACAAACAGCCGAUGAUGGAUUACUUUUGCAACGUACUGUUGCUGUUCAAGCACAGAGGAGAUGGACCAAGGUUUUCAGUGUGCUGAAAUGGUUCCAUAUUAAAAGAAAAGUUAAAGAAAAAUUUCUAGGUCUGAGAUACAGCAGAAGACUGUAAUAUUUUUACGGGUACGGUUGCAAAUAGUAGCGGUAGCCAACUGCAACCCUAUUAAAUUUUGGUUGCAGUUAUAGAAUUCAACAAGUUGGAAGUGUCGCUCUAUGUCGAUAGAGCUGCUCGUUUAUAAAUCCUUGUUCUUGUUGGAUGUCGGAAAAUGCACCCAUGUAUCAUAUUAAACUGUCAAUAUAUAGAUGCGCUUCACAGAAAU